AUGGACAAGAUCUACAAUUACGCAUCCAACGUCUUGGUGAUCUUAAGCGAACCAAAUGCGAAUAGCAGUGCCCUGUUCGAGGAACUAGCAGCAGCGGACGAAGAAUUGGCGCUUACAGGAGAUUGCAAGCGAACUCCGCCGAGCGAUGCCAUAAUCACAUUACUAGAAGACUUGUUCCAAGAUCCGUGGUUUACAAGAGUUUGGGUUUUACAAGAAGUCUGUGGCAAAGACUCUGUUGAAUAUAUUUGCGGCUCCGCUAUAUUCUCAUUUCACUGCAUCCGCAAAUUGUAUUUCGGUUAUCGUGGGACUAUGGUGACUAAAGCAUUGUGGCCCCGAUCUUUGGAAUGGAUCAUGGGCCCACCGGACAGUUUCACAACACCACAGUCCAACUUAUGGAACCGACUAGGCGAGACAAGAGAUUACCUGGCAACCGAUCCCAAAGAUAGAGUUUUCGCUCUCAAGUCCUUGAUAGGCUCUAGACAAUCAGAAAUGGAUCGCUUGAUCGACUACACUCAGAGUGUGGAGGAGUGUUAUACCCAUAUCGCCGCCUUUCUGUUACCCGUGGUGGGGCUUCGAUUGCUCACCGCUGUUCGGCACCCACACAGCAAAGAGAUGCCUUCAUGGACUCCGGAUUGGUCCCAGAAUCUCCCACUGCACACUUUCUAUCUUAUUGAUGAAUUCGACCAUGUAGCGAACGCUCAACCUGUGCCGCUUUUCCGCACUUCUGAUAGUAAAAAGCACACGAUAUGGCCCUUCCUAGACAACACCCACAGUGGCUGCCUCGAGCUACAUGUCACGGGUUGUCGUUAUGCACAGAUAGCCGAACAAAGUCAGGCGUUCAAGUUUAGCGAUAUAGAUGAUGCUGAGGGACAGAUAAAGAAACUAUACUACAGCUUCAUCAAUCUUGGGUGCUACUUCCACCCGGAAGGUGUGCGGGACGAUCCUAUGGUGCUUGCCCAUUUAGGUACAACUAUUUCAGACGCUAUGUCCUCUCUAGAUGGCUUCCAACUCCAUAGUCACCUCAGUCGCCGUUAUACAAGUCUAGGUAGCUUUGCAGCAGAGCAAAACGAAGAAACCAAAAUGUCACUAUGCGGUCUCUGCCAAUCCUUCGACGUUCUCGACGUCCCGAAGUUAUCACCCGAGUACAAUAUCCAUUCCGUCACUUCACAUCUAUAUCCAUCAUUGGUCACGAUGAUGAAAAAGCGCCGCAAAGAAGACCAGUCGCAGAACCCUGAGCCUCUGGGACUGCCCUAUCACAAGUCUAUCGAGGAACUGGAAGCUGCUUCCGCCGCCAACUGCGCGAUCUGCACAGUCGUACAACGCGAUGUCGCGCAAUUCCAUUCCGAGUACAGUGAGGCGAAGAAAGAUACUAGCGACCAUAGAGCUAGAAGCGCAGGACCAGAUUGGAAGAUGUUUGUUGUCCAGGGAAGGAGUGAUACCGGGGGGUUUAUGGUGGUGUCGGCCGAUGCGGAGGAUUGGUCUCGAGUCUGGGUGGUUGCUGCUGUGGGGUUGUGUGUUGACUAUGACGACCCGCUCAUCUCGAUCAUCAGAGGACGAAAGAUACUCCCCUCGUCUGAGCACACACUCAGGCAUGCCCUGAGUUGGGUGCGUGAUUGCGACAAACAGCGUACGAAUAAACGCUGUCAUGUUGACACGGCACCACUUCCAGCUCGUGUCCUGGAUAUUCGAAGCUCAAAGUCUCAGUCCAUAACGUUGUAUGAGCCUGCGGGGGAAGAAUUGGGACGCUACGCAGCACUGAGUUAUGUUUGGGGCGAGUCGAGCCCAUAUGCAACUACAAGGGCGAACAUUGAAGCGAACAAGAAGGGGAUCGAUGCUGAAAAGCUACCGAAGACGUUCCAAGAUGCGAUCUUCGUGGCUCGAGAGAUGGGUAUCGGCUACCUAUGGAUCGAUGCACUCUGCAUCUGCCAAGACGACUCGUCAGACUGGUCUCGCGAAGCUUCCCGCAUGUCCUCCGUCUACUCAAACGCCUACAUAAUGCUCUCAGCAACUGGCUCGCCAUCCUCGACGUCCGGUCUUUCUAUCUUCGCUUCCAAUCGCCCAGCACCUACCUACUCGCCUUUCGCCUACACCGCCACAACAAGCGGUAUGAAAGGAAUCCUCCACGCAUUCUCUGCUUCCCGCGAAACCAAUGCAUUUGGUCCCUGGUCAGCGAACAGUGAAUUGUUGAAGAACGAGCCACUAAGCCAACGAGGCUGGGCGCUGCAGGAACGCUGGCUCGCACCCCGUGUUCUACAUUUCGGGAGCAAACAGAUGUUCUUUGAAUGCUACUGUGGGUUUAGGAGUGAGGAGGGAUUUUAUAUGGAGGGGCGGAUGGAUACCUUAUUCCCAACCACCUCCCAACCCUCUCCUCCACCUUCUUCUUCCACAGACCAGAUCAAACCCGUAACCGAUCCGACAAUACCAAUAACAGAAACAGAACCCAUACACCAACAAUGGUCCUAUAUCAUCCACACUUACUCCCGCCGCCUCCUAACCCACCCCUCGGACAAACUCCCCGCCCUCUCCGGUCUCGCACGCACUUACCAGACGUUAACUUCUGAUACAUAUCUGGCAGGUUUCUGGCAGAAGACGCUGCUUCAAAACCUGAUCUGGCAAGCCGUCGGCAAAGGCCCUACGGCUUCAACCAGUUACCGCGCACCGUCUUGGUCCUGGGCCGCCAUCGAUGGUGGCAUUGGUAUGUUUAAUCCUGGCGUGGGAUUCGACAAGGGCGAAUGGUUUAGUCUUGCUACAUUACAUUCCGCUCACAUCACUUUGAAGAACGAGGAGAAUCCGUACGGCGAGGUGAGCGCGGGGGAAUUGGUAUUGAGUGCACCGCUGGAACGUAUUUAUCCUUUUGAGGGGGACCUGGAGGAGGGAGAAGAGUGGCCGAAGAAUCAUAGGGCGGCUAAAGUAAAAGGGCAGGGAGGAGGGAGUGAAGAGUACAGUUUUGCGAUUUUCGAUAGCUCGAAGCAUGCGGAAGGAGCGAGGGACAGGAAACUUUGGGUGGCGGUUUUGUGGCGGCAUAGAAUUCAUGAGGAGAACAAGGAUCUUUGGAAGUCGAAGGAGGUCUACCACGGGAUUGUUGUUGCGAGGGUAGAGGGUAAGCAGGAUGUGUAUGAGAGGCUUGGUAAGAUUCCUUUUGCCGAUAAGGAUUUGGGGGAGUGUGAGUGGAUGAGUGAUGGGAGUGUGGUGGAUAGGUUUACUUUGGUGUAG